AUGGGGUUUGGUUGUUUACUAGACCUGACGAUAACAACGACCCCUGCUAAAUUGGGAUAUUGGUUAGUUGAUAAGUUCAACCAUAUGGAUCGUAAGUUGCAACUAUACGGUGGGGAAAAGAUUCAUUUGAAUGAGGACGAUGUAUACCUUGCACUCGGUCUUCCUCGUGGAACGAUUGAGAUCGUGAACAAAAAGAAGAAGUCGGAGUCAGAGUUGUUAAAGGAUUGGGUCAGGCUGUAUAAGGUCAGCAAGCCGACGAACAUCACAGCGACCAAAGUGUUGGAUAUGAUUCAGAGUUGUGAAGGGUGUGAUGACUGGUUCAAACGCAACUUCAUCGUCCUGAUGGUAACGUGUUUAUUUGAGAGCACCAGUAAUGGAAUGGCCAAUUUACGUAUGAUACACCUUCUCGAUGAUUUAUCGAGUGUUGUUAAGAUGAAUUGGUGCUCGUAUUUGAUUCGGUGUCUGGUGGGAACGAAGAAGUCCUGGAAUGAUAAUCGAAGACGUAAGAAUUUCACAGGACCCCUGUUAUUUCUCACGUUGUUUUAUGUCGAUAAGGUGGUUUUAUCGAUUAGGACGGUUGCAAGAACAUUCCCGAUAUUUAAAGCAUGGAACAACGAUCUGUUGAAGGACAGAGAACGAGCUGAGAUAUUAACCGGUGCGUUCGGGAGGGGUUAUGUGGACGUAGACAUACGCGUUCCAGAUCCUUCUCUCCGUGUGGAAAGGAAAGUUAUCAGUCCUAAUGGUGAUGAUACGAAGAGCACUUCGGAACUCAGUGUUAAGAAUUCAUCCGGCACCGUUAGUCCACCGUAUUCAUCGGCCGAACCAUAUCAUACCCACCUCCCCGACGGCGAUGCUCGCCUCUUCUACCGCCGUCGAAUUGCAGCCACCGCGAUGCCGCCGCUUUGUUGCAGUCACCGCGUCGCCGCUGCCUCGUUGCAACCACCGAUCUCAAUUGUCGGCCCCGCUCACAACUCUGACAGCGAGAAUGUCGCCACCUCCGACGAUCCUUCAGAUCCAUUGUCCUGCCCCUGCCUCAAGUCGUUGGCGUCGCCAUUGCCGUCCUUCCCGUCCCCCACACAACAUCGACAACGCUCUGAGGAUUAA